GGCGAUGAUUGCUUACACUGUUUGCAAUACGAUCAACACAUUAAUGCUAUUUUUCUAAUUGCCACGGGAGGAUUUCAGCCAUUCGCGAUACCGUAUCUGCGACUAAUAAGUAUAAAUAGAGGUUGCCCAACCCAACAAAUAUACCUGAUUACAGAUCGUUAUCAAUCAUUGCCUCUGGAACUAACCUAUCAGAAGAUUAUAUUUAGUUAGCUUUGUAGUUGGCUUUUUUGAGUGUCAACAGAAAAUGAUUCCGCCCUGGAAAACCCCAAUAGUUGUCAAAAUCCAUUCGGCUUAUUGGAGCACCGCUGGAGUGCACUUGGUAAGGGGUUUAUUACCCGAUUGAUAGGGCAUAAAUCCAUGCGAUAAGAUCGGGGACUCACGGGGAAUGGAGUCCCAGCAACGCAAUAUGUGAGUCAGCCUGCACAGCGAACUUUUGAUGGUUGAUAAGGGAGGGUGUGAAAGGUAGGAAAUAGCUAAAGUGGUGAAUGAUUCAUCUUUUAGCAAGCUAACGUCCCCAAGAUGGAAUGGCGCGAGUGCUAGAUAAAAUGCCGCCCCCAGCAGUUUACACCUACGAAUGAAUCAGUGCGUCAAGGACGUAGCUUCCCAAGUUCGGACCGUCUCCGUGAUGCGGUAUCUCGGGUACAUAGAAAUCGGAGCUUCCAGCGCAAGUACAUAGAGCACUUUAUUGCCGAGAUAAGAACGCACCCGAUAAGAUGAGGACUCCGUGUAAGCUUUAAUAGCCGGGUUCUGUCAGAAGGCCCAUUCAGUUUGACGAAAAUCGUCGCUUCGAACGAACGGAUUAUCGAGCUAAGCAACCAGAAACCGAACCGAACUCAGCACCAUGAACUGUCUAUCCGCGAUGUUCAAGUACCUGCUGUACUUGCUGAACCUGGUGUUCGUGGCCGGCGGCAUCCUGCUCAUCGUGGUGGGCUCCAUCAUGCUGUCCACGAUGGGCAACUUCACAGCCUUCGACGGAGGCGUUAGCACCAAGACCAUCCCCAUCUGCAUUAUCGUCAUCGGAUGUGUCACCUUCGUGGUGGCCUUCUUUGGAUGCUGCGGCACCAUUCGCGAGAACGCCUGCUGCACCACCGUGUACGCCAUCUGCAUGCUGAUUCUGUUCGGCCUCCAGCUGGCCCUCUCCAUUUGGAUCUUCGCGGCCAACGACAAGUUCCUGACCAGCAUGGGCAAGGUUGUGGACAAGGCCUGGGAUGAGAACAAUGCCGCCCAGGGCUACCCCAUGGACGCCCUCCAAUUGGCCUUCACUUGCUGUGGCAACUCGGGAUACCAACAGUAUGACAGCGUGCCCAGCUCCUGCUGCGGCUACAAGGAUCGCAACAAGGCUUGCGAGGCGGCGAUCUACAGCCAGCGACCUGGCUGCCAGAAGGAGUUCGUCGACUUCUGGGCCUCCAACACGGACCUCAUUCGGUGGAGCAGUCUGAUCAUCGCCCUCUUCGAGCUGGGCAUCUUCGUCAUGUCCUGCUGCCUGGCCAGCGCGAUGAGGAAGCGCUAGAACGCUAGAACCGAAGUCUGACGCAACCCCUAGAUAUAUAGCCCAGUUCCUAGCAUAAAUCCAGAACACGAAUUCCUCACUCAGCGUAAAUAAACCGGAAUAGGUUAAGCCCAAUGAAA